UUUGUCACCUCAGUGGUGGCCUGCUCACCUGGUGAACUUAAAGAAGAAAUCAAUGGGAAGAAAUAAACACUUCAAGGCUUCAAUGUCAAGCUCCAACACAGCAUAUUGUUUCCUGAGGGAGGUGGUCAGGUAAAUACAGGAAGGCCAGAAUGCAUCAACUCUAUCAUCUUUGAAGUCACUGAACUACCCCUCUCUUUCUGGUGAGAUAAGGAUGGGGUCAUUGUUGAGGUGGGCUGUAAGUGGUAGGAAGCAGGCUAACACCUAGUAUCUUCCAUCUCCAGCCAGAUGACCAUAGGCUGAUUGGGGACGUGCCGGUGCUGUAGAUGACAUGGCAGGGGUUCAGCCCUAGAGGUGGGCCAGGAGGUGCAGCUGAAGGUGGACUGGGAGCGGAGGUUUGACCACAAGCAGCAACACUCAGGUACGAGCAGAGACAGGCUUACCUUAUGUGCAGUGCAGAACUUUACAAUUCAGCUUCUCAGAAACCAUUACAUGUAGGCUAUUUAUGCAAUAUGAUUAAGCGGUGCAUUCAGGUGCUUUUUUAAGUGUACUUGAAGGUACAGUUGCAUAAAUACUGAGUUAUUUUUUACUUGGUCCUUAGGGCAACAUCUAAUCACAGCUAUUGCAGAUUCCAUGUUUGGGUACAAGACCACAUCCUCG